AUGAAGUGCAUUGAAAUAGAUUUGAAUCCUGAUACAUCAAACCUCACACUUGAAGAAACAGUCGAAUUACAAAAAAAUACUUUCCAUUGGUAUCCUUACCAAAGAGUUUUAUAUUUAAAUGAUGACUCAGGAACUAUAUUCGAACGACAAUGUCCGCCUAAUACAACAGCAAUUGAAAAUUUUUGGACAUUUACAACACGUGAACAAAGAUUGCAAGGUUGGAUUGCAUGCCAUAUUGCCAUUUCUUUGUAUUUAUUCAUUGUCCUGGCUUUCAUCUGUGACAAAUAUUUCUUACCAUCAGUUGAAAGAAUAUGUGAAGUGCUGAAAAUAACACCAGAUGUUGCUGCAUCAACGUUUAUGGCGACAGCCACGACUACUCCUGAAUUCUUUAAUAACACAAUUUCUAUUUUCAUUGCUGAUUCUGACAUGGGACUUGGAGCAGUCGUAGGAAGCAUGCUUUUCAACACUCUUGGAGUUGCUGCCAGUGCUGCAAUGUUCACGAAGAAACCAAUUCAAAUCGAUUGGUGGCCAAUAACAAGAGAUUCAAUUUUAUUUUCAAUUAACUUAUCAAUACUUGUGAUUUUUGCGUGGGAUGGCGUAAUUAUGUGGUGGGAAACUUGCAUUCUUGUCACACUCUACGUUGACCCACCAAUGAAACGAGAAAGAAGAAAAUCUUUUGACUUAUCAAGAAUCGAUGAAGUUGAUGAAGAAGAAUUCAAAAUUUGGGAGAUUCCAAGAGGUGUUGGAUGGUUUGAUAUAUUCUGGUACUUUUUCACAUGGCCAAUAAGAUUUAUUCUUUAUUACACAAUACCAAACCCAAUCACACAAAAGAAAUGGUUUGCAGCAUCUUUCGUUAUUUGUAUAUUAUGGAUUGGUAUCGUUGCUUACAUUAUCUUCUGGAUGGUUGUAAUUAUUGGCGAUACUUUUGGUAUUCCUGAUGCAAUUAUGGGUUUUACAUUGUUAGCAUUUGGAGGUUGCAUGCCUGAAGCAAUAUCAGCUGUCAUUGUAGCAAGAAAAGGAUCAGGGCAGAUGGGAGUUAGCAAUGCACUUGGAGCUAAUAACUUAGCGGUUCUGUUUAGUUUGGGACUGCCAUGGUUUAUAAGGACAAUGGUUGAUGGUGCGGGAUUUAAUGAUGCGUUUAUACAAAUAUAUUCAUUCGGAAUUGAAUUUACAAUCAUGACAUUAAUUCUAGCUGUUGCUUGUUUGUAUGCUACAAUUGCCAUCGCUGGUUAUAAAUUAAGAAAAACUGUUGGCGGCUUCCUUGCAAUUUUUUAUAUUAUUUUUGCAACAUUUGCAAUUUUAGUUGAAUUAGAAUUCUUCCUGUCGCCAUCUGAGAGGUGUCCAUAA